CUGGUGCCGGAGUGGAUGGCAAGAGCCGCUGACAACUGGACCACUGGCGUCAGCGAUGACGUCAAGGAAAGGCGCGCCGCUCGGGAACUAGCGGCUCGGCAGCUGGUCGCUAUCGAUGCCCUGGUGGAAGACGGUUCCGAUAAAACGCGACCCGACGCCGGCCUCUUCUCCUGGCAGGUGCACUACUUCGAGGACCGCAAGGCCCUGGUCCUGCCGCUUGGCCUACUGGGGCUCUUUCUGAACUCCAUGUCCACCGUCGAAGCCGUGCUGGUCCCUGCUCUGGGUCGCGCCGUGCUGCGCGAGCUGAUGCCAACGUCCCACGGGCCGUACUCCUGGCGACGUCGCAACGAGCAGCAACUCGAAGCGAUUGUCGACUGCGUCGCUGCCGGGCUCGAUGUCGCCGGCGCUGGACAAAACGCUCGCGCACUGGCCACGGAUGUAACCCUGGAGUCCGGUGUGCUGGAGCCACUGCUCGCGCUGUACUACCGUCACCUGCAUGAAGAUUUCAAUCGUGGCGUCCGCUUGCAUCCGGACUACAGCAACGCCGAGCUGUUCUUCGUGCUCUGGGCCCUCGGACACUGCGGCGAACCAAACGCGGCCAUCUUGGUCAACGGGGCGCUGAGGAACUUUGCUCCUUUCUCGAGGGCUUUUCAGUGCGCCGUCAACCAAGCCAUGUGGACUGGCCACAGGUGUCCGUUUUGGCACUAGAAUGUUUGUUUAUGUG